AUGUAUCCUCUCGCGUUAGGUCAUUCUACCGUCAUUCUCUUGUUCGUUUCCUUUGUCGCCCUUUCUGCUCGUGGAAACGCCCAGAUCCUCUUUGAGUCCAAAACUCUCGCUAAGAACUUUGCUUCACCCAAACCUCACCUCGGACCCCAUGUCUACUGGCACUGGAUGAACGGCAACAUCAACGAUGAUGGCCUCGACAAAGACCUUGCGGCCAUGGCAGAGGCUGGUUACGGCGGUGCCCUCAUCAAAGACGUUCAAGCCGGGCUACCAGAAGGGCCUGUGACUUAUGGCAGCCCUGAAUGGCUCGACUUGGUUGUUCACGCUGUCAAGGGUCUUGGAAAACGUGGCAUGCAGGCGGCAAUGCACAAUUCUCCGGGAUACUCUGGUGUUGGCAGUCAUGCCUUGCCCGUCAACGAGACAAUGAAGGAAUUGGUCUGGACGGAGAGCCGAAUCACUGCCAACUCCUCCAGUGACACCACCCUACCCAAACCUUUCAGCAAGUUGGGCGUGUACCAAGACCUUUUCACCUUGGCUUAUCUAACCGGUCAAGGAGAGGGAAACCUAGUGUUUCGAGACGCCGUGCAAGAAGUUCGCAUCAACGAGACCGCCGUCAAGACCAACAUCACAUCAACAAUUGACAGAAUAAACCCACUGAGGCUGGAAUCGAAAUCUGCAAAACUCGACAUCGCUUUCAAAGAAUCCUUCACCGCUCAAGCUAUUGCGAUUUAUCUUAUACCAGAACUGCCUCUCAACACUUUCGAUGGUGCCCGCGACUAUCCUCCGCAGUGGUCAGUUUCUGUCUCCAACAAUUCUGUCGACUGGAUAUCUGUCUUAGUUACCGUGUUUGCUCCAGCCUUGAGGCAGAUGGAUGCCCCAGCUGUCAUUACUUUCAACCAGGUCAAGGCCAAAUAUCUUUGA